GUCGACGCCAAUUACGAGGGCAAACCAGCUCACCCAAUGGAAAAUGUGACUAUAAUAUGCACGUUCCUGUUUGCUACAAUAUAUACAAUCUCAGGUUGGAUCUAUAUUACUUUCUUACUCCAAGAAAUAUCUAGGAUCCCGUACCCUGACCCUCGUUUUUCUACCUGUCAACUUCUCCUGUCGUCAACUGAUCGAUUACAUGUUGAAAAUCAAUGGCUAUGUGCUAACAAGAUAAUACCCCUGCUAUAGCCCAAUCGAUCCAUCGAAAGGUCCAGAUUAAGGCUGAGGGCAAAAGUUCUGGAGUGGGCUUAUGCGGUUCGUACCUUCUCUCUCUCUUUAUUGACUGCCGAUCUGCUGCCCAUCAAGGUGCCCAGAGUGGACUCUUGUUUCCUGGUAAUCUUCCAACGGCCGUGACGAUGAAUUGUAUUCGCAUUCUGUAGAAGAAAGAGAUCUCUUCUAUUGCUGCCGUGCAGUGCGAUCGCUUCACCCGUGACAGGUCAUGUUACUCGAGAUUUGAUGGCAAAAGAUCCAUGUCUCAGAGCUGCGUGAUGCUUUCAAUUUUCCCGAAGGAUUGUUGUCUGCAGAUAUCUUUGGGGGGUGGGGGGAGAUUUAUGUAUUUAAUGCAUUUCUUUUUAAUUUUUUAUUUAUUUAUUUCCCUGCUACAUGUACACAAAAUCCCACAGUCGAGUUACCUAAUGGA